CAGUUGGUGAAACGUCAAAGUCAAUAAGGAACAAUUUUCGGAAGCAGUGUGUUUUUUUCUUCUUCACCGAGCCAUAACAAAAUAAAAUCGGGCGAAUCAGACAGACGACGACAUCGAAAUCGGAACGUGGCAACAACAACAACCAGAAGUAGGAGCUCACACUUUCCUAAUGACGAAAAUUAUCCCAAUUGAAGUCGGUCUAGGAAUGAUCAUUCAAGCGGUCGUCGGGAUCGUCCUUUUGUGGACCUCCUUCUUCUGGCUGCAGAGUCGCUACCUGGACAUCCUCGAGUUGCUCUUCACCUGGAUCUCCGAGCAGCUGGAGAUAACUCGCAUGCGGCAGGCUCAGGAGGAACGCCGUCGCCUGGCCAAGAAGUGGAUGCCCAUGACGAAGGGGAUGGAGGACAAGCAGAACCAGAAGGACACCAACAAUGAUUCGGACCACGGGAAGCACAAGAGAAGUGAUGGCGGAGAGAUGAUCUCCACUCCGCCGAUCAAGAACCGCUUGAACAUCCGCAUGGAGCAGUGCUGCGAUCUGAUUACCUCCGGCUUGGGUCUGGUGUUGGAGGACGACGUGACCCAGCGUUUUGUGGCCGCUCCUGCUCCCGCUGGCCAGUGGAACCUCCUCACCCGGAACCUUCGCCAGCGGAAGCGCUACCUGAAUUGGCGGCUCCGGUUCGCUUGGUUCUUGAGUUGGCUAACUCGCUACGUGUUGCUGCUGCCGCUGAGGACAAUCGCCUGCUGGAUUUGCCUGCUGAUGAUCAGCGGUGUCUCCGUUGUGCUCGGCCGCAUUCCCGACUUCUGCUUCAAGCGGCAAAUAGUGGAGUUCGUCCUGCGGCAGUGCUUUCGCAUCACGGCGGGCUGCUUGCCGAUGAUCCGGCGGUUCCACAACACGGAGCACCGACCCACCAUGGGCAUCUGUGUGUGCAACCACACGAGUCCGCUGGACGUCCUGGUGCUGAUGUGCGAUGCCAACUACUCGCUGACCGGUCAGGUGCACACCGGCAUCCUGGGCGUUCUGCAGCGGGCUCUCUCGCGGGUCUCCCACAUGUGGUUCGAUCGCAAGCAGCUGGCGGAUCGCGAGGCUCUCGGAGUGCUCCUCCGCAUGCACUGCUCCUCGAAGGACCGGCCGCCGGUCCUCAUCUUCCCCGAGGGCACCUGCAUCAACAACACCGCCGUGAUGCAGUUCAAGAAGGGCAGCUUCGCCGUCAGCGACGUCGUCUAUCCGGUGGCCAUUCGAUACGACCGGCGUUUCGGCGAGGCCUUUUGGGACAGCACUCGGUACUCGAUGCUCCGGUACAUGCUGAUGGUGGUCAGCUCGUGGUGCAUCUGCUGUGACGUCUGGUACAUGCCGCCGUUUAGCCGACGCCCCGAUGAAUCGCCCGUGGAGUUCUCGAACCGCGUGAAGGCCGCCAUCGCCGCCCAGGCGAACAUCGAUGAUCUGCCCUGGGAUGGGAACCUCAAGCGAUGGAGUCCGGUGAGGGACUGGCAGUAGUUACCCCCCAACUGAAGCACUCAGCAUUUCUUUCUCAAGUGUCUUGUAAUUUUAUAAUGAUCUGUUACAAGCGAUCAAAUUAGGUUGACGCAAAUUAUUGAUGCAAUAAAAGUAAAUGACUGCUCGUUGGUCAUCAAAUGUA